AUGCAAUUGCAAGCUCCAGAUAUGCGAGCAUUUCGAGGAAUUUACGUUUGGAAAAACCUCUCCUCUCUAAACCCUAAUCCUGUUAUCACCUGCAAAUCCCCAAAUUAUCCUCCAUUUCCCCGCAAAUUCUGUUCAACUCUCAACAUCACCACCACCGAUGAAACUGCCGCCACCAGCUGGACAACCUCUACUUCUCCUAAUACCUCAACAGUCCAAGCAACUUACGACCCUACCAGCGGUCGUCUUGUUACCAAACGGGAACCCAGCAAUAAGAAGGAAGAACCCGACCCCGGAGUCGAAAAUAGUGGAAAUACCUCGAGUAUAGACCAGGGGAGCAGAAUAUAUGGGGAUAUUAUAGGUUCUAGUAGUGUUGGCCGUAGUAUAAGGAAGAAAGGGAAGAGUAGGAGUUUCUACGUGUGUGAGGAUUGUGGAUAUUCUGAUGGGCAGUGGUGGGGGACGUGUAAGCAGUGCGAGAAAGUUGGCACUAUGAAGCGAUUCAGUGAGGGCGCACAGAGGAAAGUGAGCGGCUUUGAGGCAUCGGAAAAUGCUUUGAGGUCUUGGCUGCCACAGCACGUCUCUGCCUCUGCGCCUAUCAAGUUGUCUGAUGUGAAUAGUCAGAUAAAUGAAUUGAGUUGGCGAAUAUCUUUGCCUGGACAGUUCGGAGCUGAAGUAGAGAGGGUUCUUGGUGGUGGUCUUGUGCCAGGUUCUCUAGUAUUGGUUGGUGGUGAUCCAGGUGUUGGCAAAAGCACAUUAUUGUUGCAGAUUGCAGCAUUAAUAUCGGAAGGAAAUGAUACAGAGGAUUCAGCUCGAGUUAUAUAUGUAUCAGGUGAAGAGAGUGUUGAGCAAAUUGGAAAUAGAGCUGAUCGUCUGAGAAUUGUAACAGAAGACCUUUUUUUAUAUUCGAGUACAGACAUCGAGGACAUUCUAAAACAGGCUCAGGUUUUUUCCCCACGGGCUUUAGUCAUUGAUUCCAUUCAGACGGUCUAUCUGAGAGAAGCGACUGGAAAUGCUGGGAGCCAUGUCCAGGUGAAAGAAUGCACUUCGGCCUUACUGCGAUUUGCAAAGAAGACAAACAUACCGAUACUUUUGACUGGCCAUGUGACUAAAGAUGGAGAAAUUGCUGGACCUCGUGUCUUGGAGCACAUUGUUGAUGUUGUUCUGUAUAUGGAGGGGGAGAAGUACUCAUCACAUCGAUUGCUUCGGUCAGUGAAGAAUCGUUUUGGAUCCACAGAUGAGCUUGGAGUUUUCCAGAUGUCUCAGUCAGGACUAGAAGGAGUUUCAAAUCCCAGUGACAUGUUUUUAAGUGAACAUCACUCUGAUUCUGACUAUCUCGCUGGAUUAGCUAUUUCUGUGAUGAUGGAUGGAUCCCGAGCUUUUGUAAUUGAAAUUCAGGCAUUAUGCGUAGCGGGAUCAUCAGUUCCUAGGCAUGUAAAUGGUGUUCCAGGGAGCAGAGCUGACAUGAUCAUCUCAGUUAUUGUGAAGCAAGCUGGUCUAAAGCUACAAGAGAAUGGCAUUUUCCUUAAUGUGGUUAGUGGGGUACACCUAACGGAGACAGCUGGAGACCUAGCGAUAGCAGCCGCAAUUUGCAGCAGCUUCUUGGAGUUCCCUAUACCGAGUGGCAUAGCAUUCAUUGCGGAAAUUGGUCUCGGUGGUGAACUUCGCACGGUGCCACAAUUGGAGAAAAGGAUUAACACACUGGCAAAGCUUGGAUAUAAAAAGUGCAUCGUUCCCAAGUCAGCAGAGAAAAAUUUGUCAGAAAUGCAUUCUGAGGGAAUGGAGAUUUUGGGAUGUAACAAUUUGAAGGAGAUGAUUCACACUGUAUUCAGAAGAGGCUGA